AUCACGAAGGUGCGGAAGAAUCUCUCACGAUGAUGAUUCUGAUCAAAUCUAAAGAAAAUCCCAUGAAAAAAUUCUAGCAAUCGGCAAUGAACGAGCACAUAUGGAAACAAAAACAAAGUUGCUGCAAAUAAAUACAGCAACAGAGAUGGGACCAGCAUAUGAAAUCCUGUUACUGUUCAUUUCCAUCUUUGCCAUUUUGUUCAUAUAUGGGAAGGAUCUGUCUCCAACCCCAACACCCCAACUGGUUCUAAUUGUUUAGGAAGAGGUUAGGAUCGAGACAAGAUCUGGUUUUUCACAAGGCUUGUGACAAUGGCGAUUGGAGGAGUGCUCUCACUUCCAUGUCUUGCUCUGCUUCUCCUAGUGUCUUGGAAUGCCGGGCUUGCAGCUGCAGAAGGCUUGCCGCCGUGCGAGUUCCCGGCGAUCUACAACUUUGGGGACUCGAACUCCGACACCGGGGGGAUAUCGGCAGCGUUCUACCCGAUGGGGUCGCCGACCGGCGAGACUUUCUUCCACAGGCCGGUGGGGCGGGCUUCGGACGGUCGUCUCAUCAUUGACUUCAUAGCUGAGCACCUCGGACUGCCUUACUUGAGCGCGUAUUUGGACUCGCUUGGACGGAGCUUCCGGCACGGGGCGAACUUCGCCACGGGAGGAUCGACCAUCCGGAGGCAGAACGAAAGCGUCUUCGAGAACGGGGUGAGCCCGUUCUCACUGGACAUCCAGACGGCGCAUUACAACCAGUUUGUGGCGCGCACGAGCUAUCUCUACGAGCACGCGAGAACUGAGAAGUUUCGCAGAAGCCGGCUUCCAAGGCCCGAGGACUUCUCAAAAGCGCUCUACGUGUUCGACAUUGGCCAAAAUGAUUUGGCCGCCGGGUUCCGAAAGAUGACUAACGAGCAACUCAAUGCUUCAAUGCCGGAAAUUGUCAAUCAGUUGGCUACUGCAAUCCAACAUCUCUAUCAGCAAGGAGCGAGGACUUUCUGGAUACACAACACCGGCCCCAUCGGUUGCUUGCCAAUAACGCUACGCUAUGUCCACAAUCCGAUGCCGGGGUACCUCGAUCAGAUCGGGUGCGUGAAGGAGCAGAACGAAAUGGCCUCGGAGUUCAAUCAACAACUCAAAGAAAGAGUGAUGCAGUUGAGGGAUGAACUGCCGGAAGCUGCACUGACUUAUGUCGAUGUCUACGCGGCAAAAUACGGCCUCAUUGCCAACUCCACGAGAGAAGGAUUCGAGAGAGCAAGGAAGAUGUGCUGUGGAUAUGAAUGGGAGGAAAAGCAUGUGUGGUGUGGGCAGAAGGCAAGCAUAAACGGGAGCGAAGUGCUCGCUGGUUCUUGCGAAGACCCUUCCAUUUUCAUCAGUUGGGACGGCGUCCACUACACCGACGCGGCGAACCACUGGAUCUCCGAGCGCAUCCUCAGCGGUUCUCUGUCCGACAGGCCGGAAGUCCCGAUCACGCACGCCUGCUAUAGGGUGUGACUUUGUCAUCACUAAAGCUUCAAUUUUCAUCCGUGACAGUGUGACACAAGAGAAAACAAGAAAGACCAGU